AUGUUAUGGUACAUCUGUCUGGAGGAAGUAAUCCUUAACGAGAUUUCAUCUGUCAACAAGAAAGGCCCGGUCAGGACCAGCUCCCUCUCACUCCCACAGUCUUCCGCCGCCAUUCUAAACCCUCGAUUUGGCCGUAUCAUUCUUGUCUCUCCCACCUCUACAAUGGCUACGAGUCUAGAGAAUUUCGAUGUCUGCGUUCCAAAUGACAAAGCCAGCCUAUACAAAUUUUCUCGAGAAGUCCGCGACGAAGUCUACCGUUACCUUGUCAAAGGCACAUAUAUCAUCGCUGUACCGCCCAGUCUGACUUCCGCAGCCAGGUUCACCGCUACCGGCGGUGUAGGAUACGAUCCCGAUGGCGCCGACUUCAGCAUCCUUCGAGUCUCGAAAACUCUCGGCCAAGAGGCGAUUGGGGUGUUGUACGCAGAAAGCAUCUUCGAGUUCUACCUCAACUUUUCUGAAGACGGACCGUGUACACAAUACGCCAUAAAAGUCACUGGUCGCAUGAUGAGGUUCAAGUACCAGAUGUUUGGCCUCGGCGCCCCCUUCCAGAGCCUAUUCGACCUUUCGCGCCUGUCGCGACCCUACUUGGAGAACAUGAAAGAUAUCUGCGACAGUACCAUCGACCAUUUCACCAGCACGGACAUCACGCGCCACUCUAUGCAGAUCAUACUCCGUGUGACCAGGGAGCUCGACGACACGCUAUCGAGUCCACUGUUCCUCGCCAUGAAAAGGCUUGAAGGGUUCCGAACAUUAAGGGUUGAACUCCGUUCGUCUUUACCAAUUUUCGAGAAAGGACCCCCAGCACGCAAACGACCACUUGAACGAGGGAUUACAGUCGGUCGAGGCACAUCUUGA